AUGAGUCUUUUCCUCUCGCUCUCUCUCUCUCUCUCUCUCUCUCUCUCUCUCUCUCUCUCUCUCUCUCUCUCUUGCUCCAAUUCAUAUCAGGGAGAGUUUAAAUUUCGUUCUAAAUCCUCUCUGAUGAGUUCAACCAUCUUGGAUUACUUCUCACCCUCCAUUUUUUCUUCCUUCCCAGAUGCAAUCUUUCUUUCAUUCAUUUUCUUUUCUUACCUUAUCCUCUCUUUCCUUCCAUUUAUUCCUUAUCUCCUUUUCUCUCUCUCUCUCUACCCAUCCUACCCACAAUUCCUUACUGCUUUGCAUAAUCCCCGCCUUCUUUCCUUUUCGAGGCAUUUUGAUUCAUUUUUACCAUUCAUUUCUAUAAUUUCUCAGUUUUCAAACAAAAGAACUCGGCUCUCGUCAACUUCACUCGUCGUUCCUCUCAUUGUAAAAACCUCCCUCCCGUCUCCACCCACAAGACCGUUUGCUUCCCUGCGAGGACUCUUUCUUUCACGUGCAAACCUAACAACACCUGAAAUCACUUCACUGCAAAUCAAUGCGCAACGAGUCUACUUUCUUUCUUCUUUUUCUUUCUUUCUUCUUUUUCUUUCUGUUUUUCUUUCUUUCUUUUUCUUUCUUCUGUUUCUUUCUUUUUUUUCUUUCGUUCUUCUUUUUCUUUCUUUCUUUCUUUUUUCUUUCUUUCUAUUUUCAACAUCCUGA